AUGCCAAGACUGAUGGUACACAUUUUACUCGCUUUCUUCUUCCUCGGCCUCAUUUCGGCACUGCCGUUGGUACAGAGGAACAACAUUGAAGUUGCCGACGAUACGCUGCUUCAAGACGGAAUUUACGACCUGGACUUUGACAAACGCGACCCAGAGAGCCCGUAUUGGUUCGACGUUCCCGAGAGCUUACGCUUCAAGCCCGAAUUGCCGCGCACCGAUCGCAAGUCGCAGCUGGACGAGGAGAUGAUCCUGUCCGCCAGAAGGCAUCCGAUGCCCAUCGUC